UCCAUUCCUCUCCCAUAUCAUCCCUUCCCUGUGCCACCGUCUCGCCUCCUCUCCCAAUUCCCCAUUUCGCACGGCCGCCGCCGCCGCCCCACCGCAACCCACCUACCCACCCCGUGCCCGGGCCCUUUCUCGAGCCGCAGCACCGCCGGGGCGUGGCCAUCCCUAAUCUGCGCCCACGCCUGGGGUUCGCGCGGCGGCGUGUGCCAUGGUGGUGAGGUGGGUAGCGGCCCUCGGGGGCGACCGUGGCGGCGUGGGAAGGUGUUGCUAGGUGCUCUGCCCCCACUGGAUGGCCGCCGAUGAUGCCGCCCGGAGCCGCAGAAGGAUGGAUCUGAACCUUUACCUCGGCCUCCCCCGCGCCCCGCGCCCGCGCCGCCCGGAUCUCGGCUCCGACCUCGCACUCGGUACUUCGAUGCUCUCGUCGUCUCCUUCCUCCUCUGCCGCCUCGGCGGACGCGCCGCCGCCGGAGCCGGAGCCGCUCCACCCGCCCUACUCACCGACCCGGGCCGACCUGAUGCGCCCGCCGUCCGAUCCUUACGAGCCUUCCGCUCCCGAGGCGCACCCGCCCUAUUUGCCGGCCUCAGAUGCGAUACCUGAGCUCGCUGAUGACCUCGACUUCAGUUUCUUGCACCCGCACCAGCCCCCGCUGGUGCCCAGCGAGCUGCUCGGGUGGGUGGACCGGCCGUCCUCCUCCACGGCCUCCUCUACCUUCCGCCCGGAGCGUUCCGACCGCUACCGUCGCGCGAUGUGCCGCCAGCCUCGUUUCUUCCGUCCACGACGGUUCCGGUCAGACCUUCCUCCCCUCAGCUCUGAGGCCCCUAGCUUGGACAACGAUGCUGCAGCGCCCCCACCGCACGAGCCUAUGCACGAUACUGUUGAGGAGAAUAAGGUGAUUGCCGGAGGGGCCAUGGUGAGUGCCGAAGAUGAGCCAACAGAGCGUGGCAAGAGUUCUGCGAUGUUUGAGUGCAACAUCUGCUUUGAGAUGGCUGACGAGCCCGUGGUCACUUCUUGUGGUCAUCUCUUCUGCUGGCCUUGUUUGUACCAGUGGCUGCAUGUUCAUUCCACCCACAAGGAGUGCCCUGUCUGCAAAGGUGAGGUGACUGAAGGGAACAUCACUCCUAUCUAUGGGAGAGGGAAUUCGAGUUCUGAUGUAGAGAAGAAAGUCGCAGAGGAUGUCAACGUGUCCGGUCCUAACAUUCCAGCCAGGCCGCAUGGGAAUCGGCUUGAGAGCUUUCGACAACAGUUCCAUCAUUUGCGGCCGAUUUCUAGAAGGCUUGGUGAGGCACAUGGGAUAUUGUCUUCUUGGAGGCGCAUUCUCGAUCAGCAGAUUAUGAGUACUGUUAGUCAGUUUGAAGGGCCUCCUGAAUCAUCUGUCCAGGAGAUGAUAGACCAUGCUCAUCAGACUGGCCGUUUAGGCCGAAUUACUACUAGGAUGAGAGCAAGGAGGUUGCAAAGAGAAGCAGAAAACCCUACAUCUGUUGCUGCUUCUGCCCCAGACAGUGGGCCAUCUGGAAACAACGCAUCAGAUCCGCCUAGGCAUAGUUCAAGUCCACUCUCCUCAGAAAGAAUUGAUUUAUUGCAACGGCUUACCCUUGUCGGCCUUGCAAACACGGAAAGGUUGGCGACUGCUGUGAGUGAUCUUAGAAGAAUAUCUAGGCCAAAUCCAUACAGUGUAUUAACUUCACCAAAUCCAUUAAACCACGAGCCGCCGGUUGAUGGAUUUCACACUGCUGCAACAAUUGCUGCAGAUCAAGCUUCUAAUUCAAGCACCAUGGCUGUGAUUCAGGAGGAUGCUGCUUUUACUGAGAGCACAGGAGAACCUAGCAAUGCAGGGUCUUCAAGAUCCAUGAGGAGUAGGGGAAGAAGCGACGCCACAGGUUCUUUGGAUGUGGAUGGUGGGGACCUACACCGGAACAAAAGAAGGAGGCUUAAUUAAAGCUAAGCCGGUCAAACUGAAGGUCACAGGUUCAGCAUUGUUCCAAUUUUCAUGGCGUGUUCUCAGUGAGCCCUUUUUGUCCGGCACUAUAUAUGCUGGAUGUGAUAAAGUUCUUCCUCUUAUACUUGCUUGCUUAGUUGGUUGCCUAUUUAGUUCCUAUAGACCUACUUAAUUUAUGCUAUUACUCAAGGCGCGCCAUUACUCAAUGCAUGUAUAUGUACUCAACCUGAGGGAUUAUCAUCAGAUGAAUUAUCCUUGAUCAGAAAUCCAAUGUGCCUAUGUGUAUUAAAUGGAAUUGACUUUCAGUGUCCAAAAUAAUGCACUGUCACUCAGUCCUAGAGGCCUCAGUGAACAUGUAAAACUGAGUUGAAUGGAAUAAAUGAUUGUCGAGUAAUUGGAUCC